AUGCGCACGCUGCCUGCUUCAACGCCACGGCCCUUGUUCGACCAUUACCCUGGCUCUUCCAAUUCUCCAGCCACCAGCUCCCCGUCCGAUGCCUCCCCGCUCACGCCGCCUCCAAUGCGCCAACCCGCACGCCCAUGCACGACGCUGUCCUACGAGGGCGUGCGCUACUCUGUCCCUAUUCGCAACCGCACCGUCUCGCUGCGUUCGCCACCCGCCACCAGCCCGCCCAUGCUUCCCAUUGGCAAGCCCUCGCCGCCACAGCCGCUCGUGCGUUCCCGCAGGACCGUUCUUCCGGCCGGGCUCGGCCUCGUCGAUCUCGACAAACUCGCCGCGGCUCCGUCGCCGCGCGCGGACGCUUCUCGCGAGGAGCGCGCACACAGACGCCGCGCCGUGCACUUCCAUUCGCACGCGCACUUCUCAGAGGCCCUGCGGCUCAACCUUGCGCACCCGGACGGGACGCGCAUCCCGCCAGACCGCCUCCAUGCAUGCGAGUGGCACGCUCCCCGCCAGGACGAGGAUGAGAACGAGAACGACUUUUCGUGGGAGGCCGAGGACCCGGGUCUGUCUCCGCCCUCGGACACGACGUCGCAUGAAUAUAUGCAGGAUCUGGCGGCAGAGUUCCCCAAACCGCCCAAGUCGACACCGGAAUUCCCGCUGUCGCUCGCGUCAGGCUUUGCGCUGGAAGGCCCGCCGAGCAUGCCCCUGCCGCCGACGCCGCCGUUCGUGGACUCGCCGCACAUCUUUGCCAGCGUGACGUACUCUGACGACCCCGACGCGAAUCGCCUGACGGUGAUCGACCCAGACACGAGCAUGGCGCGGCUGGAGAUGAGCAUGGCGAAGCUGGAGGUGUACAACCCCAGCGCGCAGAGCGGGUGCUUCUUUGAUGACGACGACGACGACGAGAGCGAGCUCGAUAUGCAAGACUCGGAGGCAGAAGAACAACCUCGGCCCCAGGCGGACACGAGCACACCCUCUGACAACGACGCAAAGCACGUUGUCUUGGAGGAGCAGCUCGACGAGGCGGCCCAGAGGCGCAGCUACUGCAUCACGCCCGACACAUUCGCUCGCGUUGGGUUUACGGCACAUCCCUCAUCCUCCAGCGUCGCCACGCAGAGCACGGCUGCCGAGGACUCGGCCGAAGGAAAGCCCCCCGUCGACCUGCUGCCGCAUUUCGAUUUUGAGGCGCUGCGGCAGACAUACCACCAGCCGGACCAAGGCCAGCGGCGCCGCUCGUCGUCGCUCGCGGACAUGCGCCGCAAGCUGCAUGUCCACUGGGAGGACGAGCCGGAUGUGCCGAGCCGCCCGUCGGACUCGUCUGCGUCGUCGUACUCGCGCCCCACGACCGCCGACUCGGACGCCCCCCGCACAGAGGCAGAGCCGGCUACGCACUCGCGCGAGUCGUCUACGUCGUCGGGGGAGUAUCGCUCGCGCGGGACGCAGGCGGGCGACGGGCGCGUGCACGCGCGCCCCGACUCGCCGCUCCGGAAGGCGAAGAGCGUGCCCUUCAUCCGUCGGUCGAUGCGCCGCGAGGAGCCCCCGCCUGUCCCCGUGCCACCGCCGCACACACCGGCCCCGGCCCCCGCCUCCGCGUUGCAGCACACGCAACACAAACACCGGCCGCACGCGCCCCCACUGCCCACGUCGCUCUCGCUUGCCGGGGCGCAGUGCAACGCGCCCUCGCGGCCGCAAAGGCAAAGCAAGGGCCUCGUACGUGCGCACUCCCACUCACACGUGCGGGGGGAGUCGCAGGCGGGCUCUCCGCCGCGGACGCCGCCGAGCGGGGAUGCGGGGAUGCAAUCGUUCAUGCAUAUCACGCCGGAGCAGCCGCCGUCGCGGAUGAGCCGGCUGUGGAACCGUGCGCGGGCGGGGAUAAGCAUGGGCGGCGGGAGGGCGGAGGGUGGGCCGCUGAAGAGCCAGAGGAGCAUGCGCUGGCUCCGGGGCAGUGUUUCUCAGUCUCGGAGCGAGAAGUGA